GGAUGGGAGGGUGUAGGCAAUGUUGACUUGAAGAGAAUGGCAUCAAAAGGACAUUGGAAGGGUCCAUGCCAUGCUAUCAUUGUGUAAUAAGCCAAAAAGAGGGUGUUGCCUCUCACCUCCAUCAUUCAUUCGACCCAAGGCAUCCAAGAGGAGUAAAAGAGCUCUGCAACUCCAUUCUUUCAUAGCUAAUUUUGAGCUCAAGUCCAAGGCAUCCAAAGAGGGAGUUUAAAGAAGGGAAAAAGGGAAGAAAAGGUGUGGUGAUUAAGGCACUUGUAAAGGGUGAUUUAAGAACUUUCACGAAGUUGAAAGAGUUACCGGAGUUGUCGCCGGAGUUCAUCAAAGUUCGCCGGAGUUUCACCGGAGUUCAACCGGGAAGGGUAGGACUUCAUAACGCUCAUUCGAGGUUGAAGCUCAAGUUGCUAUUCUCACCUUGCUCGGUGAAGUGAUCCAAAGGGAGACGUGAAAUGGAGGGUAGACGCAUGCAGACCAGGAACAAUCCGAGAGGGCAAGCACUGGUAGUUUCUGUUGAAGCUAGUCGGGAUGCAUCUCGAAGCUCCAGAGGUGGAAGGGGAGGCCGAGGAACCUGUGGAGGCCGUGGAGGUCGCGGGGCCCAUCGAGACCAAACUGUGAGCGACGGUCAUGUGAGCUCGGUGUAUGAAACCCACACCGAGGACUAUGACUCAACCUACGUUCCCGGAACGGAGCAUGAGGAGACCCCAUAUGAUGGGGGCGAUUUCCACACUGAUGAUGAAAAUGAUGAUGAGAGUGAUGCCCAAUUCGCCCAAAUGGGUGAAUUACUUGAGUGGUAUCAAAAGGAAAAACUAAGGAGAGACCUUAGGCGCCAAGCAAGGCGUGUUUCUCAAGGGGUUUCGGGUCAAGGAAGCCGAGGAGCUUCAAGGGCCACACCUGCGGUGCCACAAGGUGGGCAUGAAGGAGGUUUUGUGGUGAGAAUCUCCAAAUACCUCAAGGAGGCUAGGGCCUUGGGGUGUAGGUCUUUCGAUGGCACCGGCGACAUUACCGUUGCCGCCGAUUGGAUCAAGAAGGUGAAGGAUGCAUCGAGAGACAUGCAAAUUACACCGGACAUGAAGCUAACCGUCGCUUCACGGUUGCUUGAGGGGAUGGCUUCUACAUGGCGGGAAGGUGUAG